GGCCGCUCAAGGUCAUUCAGGAAACUGUCACAUGUGUACAGUCUGUAGAGCUCCGGGGGGAAGUGUGGCUUUAGAUUAGUUUAUUCUCCGAUAUUUGUUCAAAACUAAAAUAAUAAAACAAUGGAUAGUUUUGGAUCAGAUUUUACCUCUGGAUCAGGAACUGGGAAGAUGGACACGGGCGCCAUCAUGGAGCAGGUGAAGGUGCAGAUAGCGGUGGCUAACGCUCAGGAGCUGCUGCAGAGAAUGACGGAUAAAUGCUUUAAGAAGUGCAUCUGUAAACCGGGCAGCUCGUUGGACAAUUCUGAACAGAAAUGCAUAGCUAUGUGCAUGGACCGGUAUAUGGAUGCCUGGAACACCUGUUCACGCACCUACAAUUCGAGACUUCAGCGUGAACGAGCACGUAUGUGAUGCGUGCGUUCCAGUUGAUGAUCUGCCUGGUCGUCACAUGGACCCUUGCAUAAAGAGGCUUUAGGCUGAAAACACAACCUUGAAGCUGAAAGCCAUAAGAGAAACCAAGAGGUCAUGAGUUUUAGACUCGGGAACAACCUAUAAGACAUUUUUCUUCAUUUUCUUCAUAAUUGAUGGACAUUUUGGUUGGUUUUACAGAAUCACCACAUAAGCUUCAAAACGUAAAAAGUUAUAGGUCUAGAAAUGGAACGAAUCGAGUCCGAUCAGUGUUUCAAACCAUGUUUCGAUAACCCUAAGCAAUAAGUGAGCGGAUUGUUAGUCAGACCGAGCCUGUGAGCACAGUGGCGCUCCUUCAGUUUGUCCUCGUGUGGACACUACACCGUCCCGCCGGGAUCGCCGAGCCGUCUCGUCUUCCCGGCCCCUGCUCCACAAACCUACUUGCUUUCACCGUGGACAAUUCAGGAGCGUCUCUCUCUUUUCAUAACGGCAGCCUCUCCGCGAGGACGCGCCACGCAGGCCUACUUUCUUACCCGCGCCGAAACAAAAUGCAAUUGUCGCAGGCGGAUCCUGGUUUGUCACACAAUCUCCUGACUACAAAAGUGGGUUUGUUUAAACACUGAUCACUUCACCAUGGAUCCUGCAAUAAAAGCAGCUUACAUUGUGUACGAA